GCCUGAGGCCUGUGUGGGUCCAUCGGCCCCGCCUCUGUCUAUCUUUGGGAUUUAUUUGUCUUGGGCACGGCUGGCCCACAGUUUAUUGCCUGCCAGGGGCCCAGAGCUGCUCUGACCACCCCAAGACUCUCCUUCCCAACCCCACUAACUCCAGUUGACCUCUGACUCCUGACUCUGGCCCCACUUGUGCUGCCCGGCUUUCCUUAAGGGGCUAAGAAGCCCCCAGAACCUCCACUGCUUUAGAUGUGGGUACUGAUACCUUGUUCCCCUUGACAGCAAAGGCCGUGAAGGAGGCUCUAUUCUGAGCCCCAAUCUGGCCCAUCAUGGCACGGCGACUGCAGGAUGAGCUGGCUGCUUUCUUCUUUGAGUAUGACACCCCUCGAAUGGUGCUCGUUCGCAACAAGAAGGUGGGCAUCAUCUUCCGGCUAAUCCAGCUCGUGGUUCUGGUCUAUGUCAUCGGGUGGGUGUUCCUCUAUGAGAAGGGCUACCAGACCUCGAGUGGCCUCAUCAGCAGCGUGUCAGUGAAGCUCAAGGGUCUGGCCGUGACCCAGCUCCAGGGCUUUGGCCCCCAGGUCUGGGACGUGGCCGACUACGUCUUCCCAGCACAGGGGGAAAGCUCCUUUGUGGUCAUGACCAAUUUCAUCAUGACCCCCCAGCAGGCUCAAGAUCACUGUGCAGAGCACCCAGAGGGGGGUACAUGCAAGGACAACAGCAGCUGCAUCCCAGGGAAGGCAAAAAGGAAGGCCCAAGGCAUUCGCACGGGCAAGUGUGUGGCCUUCAAUGACACUGUGCAGACCUGUGAGAUCUUUGGCUGGUGCCCUGUGGAGGUGGAUGACAACAUCCCAAGCCCUGCCCUUCUCCGAGAGGCCGAGAACUUCACUCUCUUCAUCAAGAACAGCAUCAGCUUUCCACGCUUCAAGGUCAACAGGCGCAACCUGGUAGAGGAGGUGAGUGACUCCUACCUGAAGACCUGCCUGUAUGACAAGGUCUUACACCCUCUGUGCCCCGUCUUCAACCUUGGCUACGUGGUACAGCAGUCAGGCCAGGACUUCCGCAAGCUGGCUGAAAAGGGUGGGGUGGUCGGCAUCACCAUCGACUGGAAUUGUGACCUGGACUGGCAUGUGCGACACUGCAAACCCAUCUAUGAGUUCCAUGGGCUGUACGAAGAGACAAACGUGUCUCGAGGCUUCAACUUCAGGUUUGCCAGGCACUUUGUGGAAAAUGGGACCAACCACCGUCACCUCUUCAAGGUGUUUGGGAUUCGCUUUGACAUCAUGGUAGAUGGCAAGGCUGGGAAAUUUGACAUCAUCCCCACAAUGACCACCAUUGGCUCUGGGAUUGGCAUCUUCGGGGUGGCCACUGUUCUCUGUGACCUGUUGCUGCUCUACAUCCUGCCAAAGAGGCACUACUACAAGCAGAAGAAGUUCAAGUACGCAGAGGACAUGGGGCCGGGGCCGGAGGAGCGUGAUCCUGCCACUACCAGCUCCACCCUGGGCCUGCAGGAGAACAUGAGGACCUCCUGAUCGUGGCCGCUGACUUCUGACUGAAUGCAGCACAAGGCUUCAGACUGGGGCCCUAGUGGGUCCCAGCCAUGGAGUGGGUCUCUUCAGGGAGCCUCUCGCCCCCUCAGCCAGGCAGAUUCCAGUUUGCCCACAGCUCAGGGUGGGCGCUAGGAGGGACUGGUACAAUUCUGGGUUCUGGCUCCAAUUCUGCAUUCCACCGGAGAGCCCAACAAUAAGCCACUCCUGGUCCCGAAGGCCCAGGCACUCACACACCUGUACCCUAUCUUUGUGCUUAUUACCUGGGGUCUUCAGUAUCCACCCCACUGCCUCAGUUUCUCUAGAUCUGUGCUCUCCAACACAACAGCCACUAGUCACGGGGGGCUAUUUAAAUAGAUUAAAAUGGAAUAAAAUUUUUUAAAUUCCUCAGCUGAACUAGCCACAUUUCAACUGCUCAGUAGACACACAUGGCCAGUGGCUGAUGUGUUGGACACCACAGGAUGUUUUCAUCAUCACAGAAGGCUUGGAUAGGUCUGCUUGCACCUUGUUUCUGCCCAGCCGUAGAUAUUCAGGCCCCCGGAAUAUCUGAACCUGAAAUUGCCAAGCCAGCCACAUGACUGGCAUGGAAAGCAAAUGCCAGGCCAUUUUGGGACUGUGGUCCAAGAACUGCUGUCCUAAAAGUGGCUGACUCAGAGCUCUUGACAGAGUGUCUGACUUAGCCCUGGGCAAGCACCGCCAUGGCAGGGGCGGCCAUCGAACAAGGGUUCCAUACCUUGGCUAGUGUGUAGUGUGUUCAUGCGCCACACAGUGAUUCACACACACUCCCCAACGUGCACCCCCCCACCGCCCUCCAGCCAUGCCGUGUUUGAACAGCUUGGGCCUGCAAACACAGCCAUAUGAGCACACCUACACCCCAAGCAGAGACACAUGGUCCAUGCUGUGUCUCCCCAACGGGGAAGUGCUUCUUCCCUAGCAUGUCAGGCCAGGACAGCCCUUCUAGUCAUGAAUCCUUUCUCAGCUACCUCGGGCUGGGAUGCGAGCCUGAGCCGAGUCCUAGCUCUGUGCCUGUGGCCCAGCCCCAGCUUCCAGGCCUGCCUGGCUCUGUUGGAACAGAAGGGCUGGGAAAAGUGAAGGUGGAGUCCAAUAAACAGGAUGGGG